AUGUCCACCCAAGAAGCGCCGUCAGCUUCGCAGCGCCAACUGUGUGCAAGAUGCAAGGACCAGGCCAAGCUCCACUGCCCCAAGUGCCUGAAUCUGGACCUGCCCAAAUUCCUGGGGGCGUUCUGCUCACAGGACUGCUUCAAGGCAGGCUGGUCGGAGCACAAGAAAGUCCACCAGACAAGUGGGGCAUGGCUGUACUGCAGGAGGAGGGGACAGGACUUCAGUCCACAGUUCCCUGACUUCAAGUGGACGGGCCCACUGAGACCUGACAGGGUUGGCCCUCCCAGGCUGGGCAGAUUCCAGCGGGCAUUCAAAGGCCAGAUUAUUCAGAAAGAGGGAUACCAGAGAGUGAGGUUCGAAGCAGUCCCCGUUUGGAGAGGCAAGGAGCUUGCUGCUUUAAAGAAUGCUUGCCGACUGGGUCGUGAAGUGCUGGACAAGGCCCAUGCUGCUGUUCAGCCAGGCAUCACGACCGAUGAAAUCGACAGAGUGGUGCAUGAAGCUACCAUUGAGGCUGAUGCGUACCCCUCUCCAAGAAAUUACUACCACUUUCCGAAGUCUGUUUGCACUUCUGUGAACGAGGUUAUAUGCCACGGCAUCCCAGACUGCCGGCCGCUUGAGGACGGCGACAUUGUCAACGUUGACGUGACCGUUUACCAUAGGGGCUUCCACGGCGACCUCAAUGAGACGUUUACCGUUGGUGACGUCAGCGAUGAGCACAAGCUGUUGAUCAAAGUGGCACAUGACUGUCUCGCUCAUGCCAUAGAGAUAGUGAAGCCUGGUACACGGUACAGAGAUCUGGGGGAGGUCAUACAGAAGCAUGCGGCAGCACAUGGGUUCAGCGUGGUCAAGUCGUACUGUGGGCAUGGCAUUGGCCGCCUGUUCCACUGUGCCCCAAACGUGCCCCAUUACUCGCACAACAAGGCGGUGGGCACCAUGAAGGAAGGCCAUGUGUUCACAAUUGAGCCGAUGAUCAACGAGGGCAUUCACAAGGACGUCACAUGGCCUGAUUGCUGGACAGCGGCCACUGCGGAUGGCAAACGCAGCGCCCAGUUUGAGCACACACUUCUGGUCACACACUCAGGCGUCGAGGUGCUCACAGAAAGGCUGCCAACAUCGCCGCUGCUCUGGUGGCAGAAAGAUGGCGGCAUCAUCUCAUGA